UUCUCUAUCCCAAUAAUGGUCGUACUUUCCUUCAUUAGCCCCUAAGAAUCCCUAUCUUUUUCAAGCAAACACAGUUAUAUAUAGUGCUUCCUUUCCUCUCUUCUUCCUCCCAUAUGAAUGCUAGCUAGCGUUUGGGGGGCAGGAAAAGAAAAAUUAUCUGAGAGAAAGAGAGACGCAGGAAAAAACAAUGGGUAGAGGUAAAAUCGAGAUAAAGAGGAUCGAUAAUCUGAACAGCCGGCAGGUCACGUUUUCGAAACGCCGUACUGGGUUGCUCAAGAAGGCCAAGGAACUGUCGGUUCUGUGCGACGCCGAGGUUGCAGUCGUCAUUUUCUCUAGCACAGGGAAGCUCUACGAGUUUUCCAGCUCUAGCAUGGAGCAAACUCUUUCAAAAUACAGCAGGAGUCUGGAUUUGGAUCCUUCGGAUAAGCUUGCAACAGAGCAGGUGCAAGAUGACGUGAAUGCACUGAAGGAUGAGUUUGAUAAGCUACGGUUGGCAUACCUGCGGAUGUUGGGUAAGGAGCUGGAUGACUUGAGCUUCAAAGAGUUGCAGCACCUAGAGGAACAGUUGAGUGAAGGGAUAUUAUCUGUGAAGGACAAGAAGGAGGAAGUGCUUUUAGAGCAACUCAAGAGGUCCAGGUUACAGGAACAAAAGGCCGCGCUAGAGAAUGAGACCCUGCGCAAACAGCUUGAGGAAAUGCGGCGAAGCUGCAAGUCGCCUUUCCUUCAAUUCAACCCUGUGGAGAGGAGGUUUUGUCUCACAGAUUCAAAAGCUGUCUCUACCUCUGCAUCUGAGGAAAGUGAGCAUUCAGACACUUCUUUGCACUUGGGGCUGUCUGCAGAUGUUCGUAGGAAGAGAAAAGCACGAAAGAUUGAACAUAGAUGCAAUGACUCAGGGAGUCAAGUGGCGUCGGAGUGAUAUUUUCAUUAAGAAGUUGCUGUUUGGAGUUAGAUAAUUGUAUUUAGUAGUAAAGUAAUGUUACUCUUUACACUCAUUUAUCACGUCCAUUUCAUACCGACUGAUGUGAUGUGUAGUGUGUUUUAAUUGGAGCCACUUAAAACACGCCAUCAACCGGUCUAAAAUGAGUAUAAUAUAAAUGGGUGAAAA